UGUCCUUCCCCAAGUAACUACUGUAGCUAGCUAGGUACUUUCGAACUGUCUGUGUUUGUUUUAAGAGAGUGCUGCUAAACUGUAACAUUCCAAAUGUUUAUCCCCUCGAGUGAUGGUAAUACCUUUUUUCUAGCAUUCAUUGAAGACUGAGGAGCGUAGCGACAGACAUCUUUAUCACAACUGUGAUUGACAGCGAGCGAGUUUGUUUUGCUAGCUAAUUAGCCAUCUCUUCCGUGGAAUCUCGGAUAAGCCAGCAAAUUAGCAGUAACUCGCUAGUUCAUGUAGCACCAGUCGAAAAGGUUACCCGAGGGAGCUAACGACAACGUCGGCUGGGGUAAUGGGUCUGCUGUCUUGAAACAUUAACUUGGAAUACGAUGCCUGGCUUGCUGGCUAGUAGGAUAGGAACUGGAUAGGAAGUGUGAUGCAGUGAUUUUGCUCCGGAAUUCCCCACGGCAGUAACGUUGCCCACUAGCACUGCGAUAUCACUUGCACAAUCGGCCCUUUAAAUUAACAGUGGACUUUUUGGACUGUUGAUGUCUGAAAUCCAUAACCCAGGGCACAACCUAGAAGUCAAAUAAGCAGACAUUAGUGAUACUGAUGCAAAUAAUUGAACAACAGUGGAAAUCUGAAUAAGUGAGACCAUAGAGAAUUCACUGAAACGGAGCAGCAAAUCACAUUGACGCUCACUCCUUGCGCUCUUGUCCAAUAACUUGCAAUGGCAAUUACAACUUGAAGACUGGGUUCAUUUGCAUACCAUAUUCGGUUGGAAGUUCAAAAGGUGGUAGCAGUAAAGAGAAGAGCGUUCUCCCUAUUGUGCCUCAUUUCAGACUCGAAUACCUACUGCAAUGGAGGUGGUAGGUGGGGGAAAUUUGCAGAAAGUCACUCCUUUAGCUAGAGAAUUAUCCCGGAUUUUCAACAGCUACAAUAAACACUCCAUACAACUGAAAAAGAAUCUGAAGGAGACCAACGCAUUUUUCCGGGAAAUAAAACGCAACUACAGUAACGCCUGCGCAUCGGCCGCCAGCUCGGAGGCAGCUGCUCUGGAGGCAGGCCAGCUGAGCUGCAUCUCCUUCCCCCGGCAUGAGGAGGAGUUCCUGCAAAGCAACGUGGGCAGCGCCAUCUACAUCCUGGUACUUGGUCAGGACUGUGCCGCGCGCUACCAGCUGCUCAACUGCCUGCUGGGGGAGCGGCUCUUGCCCCUGGGGCCAGAGGCGGGCGAGGCCUGCGAUGGCGUCCAAGGCACCUCCUGCAAGAGGAGGAAGCUGUGCUUCACCCACGGGCGCCAGACGCGACUCAGCCUGGCGCUACCCGGCCAGUAUGAGCUGGUGCACCAGCUGGCGGCCCACUGCGGGCGCUGGGAUACGGUUCCCCGGGAGGACCUGGAGAUCCAGGAGGAGUGUGAGGACCCCGCCCAUAGGCUGGCUGAGCUGGAGAUCACCCUGCACCACCCUCUGCUACAGGAGGCUAAAAUCAUGGUGGUGCCAUGCCCCAGUGUCCAGCCCAUUGAGGAGGCCCUAGAGGACUGUACGCGUAACGCGGUUCCCAUCAUGCUCUACGCCCUCAACCAGGACACCCUCACUGCCGAACAGGUGGCUGAGCUAAGGAAAGUCAAAGAGAUGCUCCUCUUCCCCAUCUGCUUCGUCCGUAUCCCUGCCACUCCGCCUGAGGCCUCCCCCGAGCCCAGCCGGCGCCUAGAGAGGGAGAGGAGCCCCCUCUACAAGCAGCUGCUGUCCCUGGGCUUCCUCAGCACUCCCGUGGGGAACUGUUCCUGCGGAGCCCCCUCCCAGACGCCUAGCCCGGCCAUCAAGCCCCAGAGUGUCCUGGGGGAGACCUUUGAGAGGCUGCACCGCCUCCUGGUGACCUUUUCCCGCCAGGUACUCCACAACCAGCAGGUGGAGGUUGCUAACCUGCUCAAUGGGGUGCACUGCCGUUGCCUUGACCUCUUCAUCAACCAGGCAUUUGACAUGCAGAGGGACCUGCAGAUCACGCCGCGGCGGCUGGAGUACACACGGGAGAAGGAGGGCGAGCUGUUCAUCUCCCUGAUGGCCAUCGCCAACCGCAAGCAGGAGGAGAUGAAAGAGAUGAUCGUGGAGACGCUGAGCAGCAUGAAGGAGCAGCUGCUGGAGGACGCUGCCAACCUGGAGUUCACAGACCUCAUAGUGGCGACCAACGGAGAGCCUGUUACCUCAAAGGACAUCAAGUCUUGCAUCCACCAGAUCCAGGAGCUGAUAGUUGUGAGGUUGAACCAGGCGGUGGCCAACAAGCUGAUCAGCUCUGUGGACUACCUGAGGGAGAGCUUUGUAGGAACCCUGGAGCGCUGUCUAAACAGCCUGGAGAAGUCCAACAUGGAGUCAUCUGUCCACAAUGUCACCUCCAACCACCUCAAACAGAUCCUUAACGCUGCCUAUCACGUGGAGGUGACCUUCCAUUCAGGAUCAUCUGUUACGAGACUCGUCUGGGAGCAGAUCAAACAGAUCAUUCAAAGGAUAACGUUUGUGAACCCUCCUGGCAUCACUCCAGAGUGGAAGAGGAAGGUGGCCCAGGAUGCCAUAGAGAGCUUGAGUGCUGCCAAGCUGGCUAAGAGUAUCUGUUCCCAGUUCAGAACACGCCUCAACAGCUCCCACGAUGCCUUUGCUGCCUCCCUGCGACAGCUGGAGGAGGGCCACACGGGGCGGUUGGAGCGUACUGAGGACCUGUGGCUGCGUGUGAGGAAGGACCACGCCCCGCGGCUGGCCCGCCUGUCUCUGGAGAGCCGCUCCCUCCGAGAUGUGCUACUGCAUGGCAAGCCCAAACUUGGGCGAGAGCUGGGGCGGGGUCAGUAUGGAGUGGUCUAUCUGUGUGACAGCUGGGGGGGACGCUAUCCCUGCGCUCUGAAGUCAGUUGUACCACCUGACGACAAGCACUGGAACGACCUGGCCCUGGAGUUUCACUACACCAGGUCCCUCCCUAAACACGAGCGCCUGGUGGACCUGCACGGCUCGGUGAUUGACCACACGUAUGGCGGCGGCUCCAGCAUUGCUGUGCUGCUCAUCAUGGAGAGGCUUCACAGAGAUCUCUACACAGGCCUGAAGGCUGGUUUAUCACUAAAGGAGAGACUCCAGAUUGCUCUGGACGUGGUGGAAGGCAUUCGCUUCCUGCAUGGUCAGGGGCUUCUGCACAGAGACAUCAAACUAAAGAAUGUGCUGUUGGACAAACAGAACCGGGCCAAGAUCACAGACCUGGGCUUCUGUAAGCCAGAGGCCAUGAUGUCCGGCAGCAUCGUAGGAACCCCCAUCCACAUGGCCCCCGAGCUCUUCACAGGAAAGUAUGAUAAUUCUGUGGAUGUCUAUGCCUUUGGAAUCCUGUUCUGGUACCUCUGCACUGGCUCCGUCAAACUCCCAGAGUCCUUUGAGAAAUGCUCCAGCAAGGACCAGUUGUGGAAUAAUGUUAAAAAAGGCGUGCGACCCGAACGGUUGGCCAACUUUGAUGAGGAAUGCUGGCAGCUGAUGGAGGCCUGCUGGAAUGGAGACCCUUCCCAGAGACCCCUGCUCGGCAUCGUAGAGCCCAGCCUGCAAAGCAUCAUGGUACGGCUUUGCAAUUGUGGCUCAGAUCAGAAGAGCAGCAGCCUGGAGGACUCAAUCUGAAACUCAGAGAGGACCACAGACUGUUGCAAAGGAUUAUGGUCCCCCAAAAAUAUUUUUUGUUGUAUUUAUGGAAAAAGGACAGUGUGUUUCUGGAAGGCCAAUAAUAAAGAUUGUCAAAGACA